ACCGUCAACAGCUCAGCCCUCUGGCGUUUAUAUAAAACACCCACCUCGAUCUCCAUAGCUGAGCUUGUUCUGCACAGUGUCUGAGAUCUGCUGAUCAGCGAGAUAUAAGUGGCAUCAAGCAAACUGGUCCAGGAUGGGGUCUUCCGCUUCAAAGUCCAUCAUCGAACAGAGUGGAUCGGGGUCCUACUAUGCUGCCAGGAUUGGCACCGCUAUAAAAACUAAAGACAAAAAGUCUCUGAUUGAGAUCCUCGCCUGUCGAAGCAAUGCUGAGAAAGAGGAGAUCAAAACAGCCUACGAGGGAUUGUUCAAGAAGGAAUUGGAGAAGGAUCUGGAUAAUAGUUUUUUAGGAGACAUUAAGAAACUCCUGCUUUCUCUGGUUACGGUCAUAAGAGAUGAGUCUUGCACCACUGAUGAAAAGUACAUUAAUGAAGAUGCCAGAACGCUGUAUGACUUUCAAACCAAAGGCACUGAUAUGGACAAGUGCAUCACCAUCAUGACACAGAAAAACUUUCACCACCUCCAGAAAGUGUUUCAAAUAUACAUGAAGUACAGCCAGAUGGAGAGCGUCGACAAAAAGGUCAAAGGGGACCUGAAGGAGUCCUUCCUGAUGCUUGGUCAGUGUAUUGACAACACAGAGCUGAAUUUCGCUACCUCGAUGGAUCAGACAGACGGAUAAUACCAGAGGGCCCUGCUAAACCAGUGCAAUGGAGAUGACUGAGGAUUGAAGGAGAACUGGAGCUCUGAGGUCAUCUCUAUAUACUCUACCCUGCUGCCGCUUUAGAGAUUGUAAACGCACUCGUUUAGACUGGAAACAAACAUGUGUUCUCCAUUAAGAAUCAUUGAACUACGUCAAAUCUAAAUGUGCCACGUUUGGUUUCACACCCCUUUAAAAAGAAAGUCUCAGUAGAAAAAUGUUAAUCAGUAUUAAAGCGAGCUGAUAUUGGGGCUCUUUUAAAGUUAUUGCAGAAUGAAUAUUGUACUUUGCUGAGCAGAAAUUUGUACUUUUUUUAUCCAUUGUCUAAACCAAGAAAUAAAAACAUUCACAGCAAA